AUGACAACGACUACUCGUCCUGGCAGUGGUAGCGUCCUCAUUACAGGGGCCAACGGUGGCUUUGGGUGCGGUAUCGUGUCCAAGAUGGUGUCGACGCCCGAGCUGGCCGUCUACCACGGCAUCUACACCACCCGUGAUGGCUCGUCGGCCCCGGCCCUGAAGACGGCUCUAGCAAGUGCAACUGCGAAGUCGCAUAGCCACGAGGUGCUGUCUCUUGACCUGUCGCGGCUUGCUUCCGUCAGGGAGGUAGCCGCGGGCAUCAAUGCUCGUGUGGCGUCGGGCAAGUUGCCCCCGAUCCGUGCCCUCAUCCUCAACGCCGCCUACAACGACCUCGGGCAGCAGGCCUUUACCGAGGAUGGAUUCGAUAUGGGCUUCGCGGCCACCUACCUUGGCCACUGGCUGUUGACUCUGCUGCUGCUGCAGAGCAUGGACCGACAGCACGGCCGGGUUGUCGUGGUCGGUGGCAGCUCCUACGAUGUCCACCACCCCAUCCACAAGCUGGGAGGAUACUACAAAGACAAGAAGUGGCAGACGCUCAUCAACGGCGACAGCAUCGACGCCGUCGCCGAGGGCACGUGGAGCAGCAACAACGACGACGCGCCGAGCAAGGCCGGGGUGCGGCGGUACGGGGCUGCCAAGAUGUGCGCCGUCAUGAUGUUACUCGAGCUGCAGAAGCGUCUCGACGCCGACCCGGCCCUGUCCAGCCUGUCCGUCGUCGGCAUCGACCCAGGCUCCAUGGCCACGGGCAUUGUGCGCCGCGGUGACUGGUUCACCCGCACCGUUCUCUUCCCCGUCGUCGUGCCUGCCCUGGCCCCCGUCAUGGCCUGGUCUGGAAACCCCACUCCUACCUUCCGCAGCGUCUCCCGGUCCGCAGACGACUUGCUCUCUGCGGCCUUCGAUUCAGACCCCGCCCGCCUCAGGGGCAGGUACUUGGACGGCUCCCAGCUCAAGGACGUAAGCCCCGAGGCUGCCGACGAGGCCAAGCGGGCCGUGGUGUGGAGGGACAGCGUCAAGUACACGCACCUGACUAGUGGGGAUACGAUGUUGGUCAACUGGGCAUGA